GACUGGGAUCCGCCCUGAGACCAGAGCACAGUCCCUGGUUCUGCUUCGUCUCCUCGAGUCUCUGCAGCUGAACGAUGCACAACAAAGGGAAUUCCUGUGAACUGAGCGAUGGCGCCGUACUCGGCUGUUUCAUCUGCUCAUCGUCUUCUCACAAGUCGACAGCAGCUUCAUCUCUGAGCUGCUGCUCCUUCGAGGAUUACAAGCUGACCACCGAGUGGCUGCUGAACCACACCAGUCUCCGUCCCAAGGUGGCGGUGAUCUGCAGCUCGGGCCUGGGCCUCCUGGCCGAAGGAGCCGCCAACAAGCAGACCUUCAGGUACCAGGACAUCCCCAACUUCCCCGUGAGCACAGUCGCCGGUCACAAGGGCUGUCUGGUGUUCGGGACGAUCGAGGACACGCCCUGUGUUUUCAUGCAAGGUCACUUCCACCUGUACGAAGGUUACACGCUCUGUCAGGUGACUUUUCCUGUGAGGAUCUUCAAGUUGAUGGGGGUGGAGUCAGUGUUGGUGACGAACGCAUCAGGUGGAAUCUGUCCAGACUUUAAAGUUGGUGACAUCAUGAUCAUCAAAGACCACAUCAACCUGCCGGGAUUCGCUGGACAACAUCCGCUGUGUGGCCCCAACGACGAGCGCUUUGGGAUCCGGUUCCCGUGCAUGUCGGACGCGUACAGUAAGGAUCUGAGGCGUCUGGCGUUGGACGUGAGCUCGGAGCUCGGCUGCCGUGACUUCAUCAGAGAGGGAGUUUACUGCAUGGUGAGCGGACCCAACUUUGAAACCAUCGCUGAGGCCAGGAUGCUGCUGGUCCUGGGCUGUGACUCUGUGGGAAUGAGUACAGUUCCCGAAGUGACCGUAGCGAAACACUGUGGACUCCGAGUUCUUGGUCUGUCGCUUAUCACCAACAAGGUGUCUCUGGACUACAGUCGGGAGGAGAAGGUGACCAACGACGAGGUUCUUCAGAUCAGUAAAAUGAGGGCGGAGCUUCUGCAGAAACUCGUCUUCACACUGAUCUGUCGUUUCCAGCAGCAAAGCAUCAACACACACUGAAAGACGCGUCAUAACAGUCUCCCAUUGGUUAAUCACUACAUCAGUUUAUCACUUCAUCACUUCAUCCCUUCAUCAGGUCCUCAGCAGCCAGAACCAGUCUGUGACCCUAACCCUGACCCUAACCCUGACCCUAACCCUGUGACACUGAGGUGCAAACAUCUGUCAUCCAGCUCACAGCCUCCCACGGCCUAACCCUAACAUCACACAUUCUAUCUCCAUCUAUUAAUCAAACUCGUAAUUGAUUCUACAGUAGAAUCAUAAUUAGAUUCGAUCACAUCAUCUAUAUUACGUAGAAUGUUGAUGCCCAAAUAUGUAAACUGAUUAACAACAUUAAACUGAAAGACAGAU